AUGGAUCAUGCUGAAGAAACUGAAAUCCUUGCAGCGACCCAGAAGUACUAUGUGGACAGGCCUAUCUUUAGUCAUCUGGCCCUCCAGGAAAGACUGCACACGAAGGACAAGAUUCCGGAUUCCAUUGGGGAUAAGCUAAAACAGGCAUUCACAUGUACUCCUAAGAAAGUAAGAAAUAUCAUUUAUAUGUUCUUACCCAUAACUAAGUGGUUGCCAGCAUACAAAUUCAAGGAGUAUGUGUUGGGUGACUUGGUCUCAGGCAUUAGCACAGGGGUGCUUCAGCUUCCUCAAGGCUUAGCCUUCGCAAUGUUGGCAGCUGUGCCUCCGGUGUUCGGCCUGUACUCCUCAUUUUACCCUGUUAUCAUGUAUUGUUUUUUCGGAACCUCCAGACACAUAUCCAUAGGUCCGUUUGCUGUAAUUAGCCUGAUGAUUGGCGGCGUGGCUGUUCGAUUGGUACCAGAUGAUAUAGUCAUCCCGGGAGGAGUAAACGCAACCAACGGUACAGAAGCCAGAGACGCCUUGAGAGUGAAAGUCGCCAUGUCAGUGACCUUACUCUCAGGAAUCAUUCAGUUUUGCCUAGGUGUCUGUAGGUUUGGAUUUGUGGCCAUAUACCUCACAGAGCCCCUGGUGCGUGGCUUUACCACCGCGGCCGCUGUGCACGUCUUCACCUCCAUGUUAAAAUACCUGUUUGGAGUUAAAACAAAGCGGUACAGUGGGAUCUUUUCAGUGGUGUAUAGUACAGUUGCUGUGUUGCAGAAUGUUAAAAACCUCAACGUGUGUUCCCUAGGCGUCGGGCUGAUGGUUUUUGGUUUGCUGUUGGGUGGCAAGGAGUUUAAUGAGAGAUUUAAAGAGAAAUUGCCGGCACCCAUUCCUUUAGAGUUCUUUGCGGUGGUCAUGGGAACUGGCAUUUCAGCGGGGUUUAGCUUGCACGAAUCGUACAACGUGGAUGUCGUUGGGACACUUCCUCUGGGGCUACUACCUCCAGCCAAUCCGGACACCAGCCUCUUCCACCUCGUGUACGUGGAUGCCAUCGCCAUAGCCAUUGUUGGGUUUUCAGUGACCAUCUCGAUGGCCAAGACCUUGGCAAAUAAACAUGGCUACCAGGUCGAUGGCAAUCAGGAGCUCAUUGCGCUGGGACUGUGCAAUUCCAUUGGAUCACUCUUCCAGACUUUCUCGAUUUCAUGCUCCUUGUCUCGAAGCCUUGUUCAGGAGGGCACUGGAGGGAAGACACAGCUUGCAGGUUGUUUGGCCUCGUUGAUGAUUCUGAUGGUCAUAUUAGCCACCGGAUUCCUCUUUGAAUCAUUACCCCAGGCUGUGCUGUCGGCCAUUGUGAUCGUCAACCUGAAAGGAAUGUUUAUGCAAUUCUCAGAUCUCCCCUUUUUCUGGAGAACCAGCAAAAUAGAGCUGACCAUCUGGCUUACCACUUUUGUUUCCUCCUUGUUCCUGGGGUUGGACUAUGGUUUGAUUACUGCUGUCAUCAUUGCGCUGAUGACUGUGAUUUACAGAACACAGAGUCCGAGCUACAAAGUCCUUGGACAGCUUCCUGACACUGAUGUGUAUAUUGAUAUAGAUGCAUAUGAGGAGGUGAAAGAAAUUCCUGGAAUUAAAAUAUUCCAAAUAAAUGCCCCAAUUUAUUAUGCAAAUAGUGACUUGUACAGCAGUGCAUUAAAAAGAAAGACGGGAGUGAACCCAGCACUUAUUAUGGGAGCAAGAAGAAAGGCCAUGAAGAAGUAUGCUAAAGAAGUCGGGAACGCAAACAUGGCCAACGCAACCAUCAUCAAGGCGGAUGGAGAAGUAGACGGAGAAGAUGCUACGAAGCCUGAGGAAGAGGAUGAUGAAGUAAAAUUCCCCCCCGUAGUCAUCAAGACCACAAUUCCUGAAGAACUGCAAAGAUUCAUGCCCCCAGGGGAUAAUGUCCACACUGUCAUUCUGGAUUUCACACAAGUCAAUUUUAUCGAUUCUGUGGGUGUAAAAACUCUGUCGGGGAUUGUAAAAGAAUAUGGAGAUGUCGGUAUUUAUGUGUAUUUAGCAGGAUGCAGUGUACAAGUUGUAAAUGACCUCACUUCAAACUACUUUUUUGAAAACCCAGCCUUAAAGGAGCUGCUGUUCCACAGCAUUCACGAUGCCGUCUUAGGGAGCCAGCUUCGAGAGGCGCUUGCUGAACAAGAAGCCUUGACUCCUCCGCCCCAGGAGGAUGCAGAGCCCAAUGCCACUCAGGCUGAGGCAUGA